AUGAUUAUUGUAGGCUUUACCGGCCAGCUUCGUGGCUGGUGGGAUAACUAUCUAUCUGUUGAAGAAAAGGCAACGGUUAUUAAUUCGACCGCCGUUGACGAAGGGGUUGAUAAUAUAGGCAUGGCUCUAGUUAAAGGAAGAGAAGAUGUUGUUUAUACCCUUAUCCUUAUAAUUCUAGAAUAUUUUAACGGAGUGUGUACACAAGAAGGAUUAAACUUGUGUAAUGAGCUGAAGCUUUCUAGACAUCUUAAGAUUGUUAAGUUUAAAGAGAAAUCCCAAUUAGGUGACUUCUGUACCCAGUUCGGUUUACCCAGAACCUCUACUCAAAGUAAGAAGAAGAAGAAAAACAGAUAUCAUAGGUAUCCUAACCCUGAUAGCCCGUAUAAGAAAAAAAGGUCUAGAUAUAGGUCUAAGGAAGAGCGUGAUACUAGAAAAGCGCAUCGAAAAUCUACUCGAUUUACGAAGAAUAGAUCAAACAGAGAUCUCGCUGAUAUUAAGUGUUAUAAGUGUGGAAGAUUUGGGCAUAUCACUCCAAAUUGCAAGCUUCAAAAGCUAAAGGCCUUAGAACUAGGCGAUGGGUUACAUGACAAAGUUUAUUACUUAUUAUACACUUCCGGAUCAGAUUCUGAUUAUACUUAUUCUGAGACUGAGUCUGAAGCUGAGGUUGAUCUGAUACAUUUAUCUGAAAGUAGUAAAGAUUUGGAUAAUACUUGCGCCGCUUGUAAAGAACUUUUAAAGGAAAUUAUUGAUGAAAAAAUUCGUAAAGAAAUUAUAAAUUUGACUGAAAGUUCUAGUUCUAGUGGUUUAAAGCUUUUUGAAUGA